AUGGGAAGUUAUGUUGAUGAUGAUUGGGAGUUCGCGUCUUCCCCGUCAAAGGAAGCUUGGACGGUGGUUUUGGUUGGACGGACGGGCAAUGGAAAGAGUGCAACCGGUAACAGUAUUCUUGGAAAAAAGGUCUUCACAUCGAGGAGUGGCUUCUCCGGUGUCACGGCCUCUUGCCAAAUGCAGACAACUGAGCUGAAUAAUGGACAGAUUGUCAAUGUUAUUGACACUCCAGGAUUAUUUGAGUUUUCGGCUACGGGUAAAUCUGAGUUUAUUGGCAAAGAAAUAGUCAAGUGUAUUGACUUUGCUAAAGAGGGAAUCCAUGCCAUUCUGGUAGUGUUAUCCCUUAGAUCAAGAUUUAGCGAGGAAGAAGAACAUGCUCUGAGAAGCUUGCAGAUAUUAUUUGGAAGUAAGAUCGUUGAUUACAUGAUUGUUGUCUUUACUGGAGGAGAUGAAUUAGAAGAUAACGAGGAGACGUUGGAGGAACAUUUAGCUCAUGAAUGUCCACAGCCUUUAAAGGAAAUUCUUUCUUUGUGCGGGAAUCGUCGUGUUCUCUUUGACAACAAGACUAAGGAUGAAAAGAAGCGAUCUAGUCAAGUUCAGGAACUUCUUGAGUUUGUAGGCUCGGUAGUAUCAUGUAAUGGUGGACGACCCUAUACAGAUGAGCUUUUUACAGAAUUAAAGAAAGGAGCAAUGAAACUGAAAAGCCAACAAAAAGAGGUUAAUUCCUCUAAAGAAUACUCAGACCUACAAAUAUCUGAGCUCAAGAAGCAUAUGCAGCAAUCAUAUGAUGACCAGCUAAAGCAAAUUACUGAGAUGAUUGAGUCAAAGUUGAUGGAGGCAACUACAAAGCUCGAGCAACAACUGGCACAUGAGCAAGCUGCAAGACUAGAAGCAGAAAAAAGUGCACAGGUAGCUCAAAAGAAAUCAGACGAAGAGAUACGAAAACUAAGAGAACAUCUUGAGAAGGCUCAUGAAGAACUCCGCAAACGAGGUGAUAAAGGUUGUGCUAUUCUAUGA